AUGACCCCAGCUCUGAGGGAGCCAGCGGCAAAGAGUAUCCACUUUUCAUCUUUGCCACGUACUAUGGAAUCUGACAAGAUGAUGUGCAUGGGAAGUUCGAGAACUGUAGAUGAAACGCUGACGGGAGAAACUUUCUCUCAGAUGCUGGGAUUUCCAACUGCUGAACCUACUCUUAAUUCUAAUUUUGUAAAUUUAAAACAUUUUGGCUCCCCUCAUUCUUCUAAACAUUAUCAGACAGUUCUUUUAAUGAGUUCUAAUUCUACUCUAAAUAAAUAUAAUGAGAAUUAUAAACAAAAGAAAUUAGGGGAACCCAAUUGCAAUAAACUGAAUAAAAUACUGUGUAAUGGCAGUAACAUUCAGCUCAGUAAAAUCUGUCAUUCUCAUUCUGAAGACUUCUUCAAAAAGGAGCCUCUAUCAGAUGCCACAGGCAUGACAGAUGUACAAAUUAUUUUGGAUUCAAAAGUUACCAAAGACACUAAGGUAGAUAAAGUACAACUGCAAAACUGUAAAUGGUACCAGAAAAAAGCACUUUUGGCUAAAGUCUCCGAUGUGGAGAUUAAAAAGGGUUUAUUACACUGUGCGCAAAAAAAAAUUGGGCCCAGCCGCUCACAUGUGCCUAUUAGUUCCUUAACUGCUGACAAAGAAGAGGAGGUGAAUGCUCGUUUACUUCACUGUGUAAGCAAACAGAAAAUUUUACUCAGCCAGGCUAGAAGAACUCAGAAACACUUGCAGAUGCUCCUGGCAAACCACGUUGUUAAGCACUAUGGUCAGCAAAUGAAAUUUUCUGUGAAGCAUCAGCUUCCUAAAAUGAAGAUUUUUCAUGAACCUGCCACAGUUACGGAUAAUCACUUACCUAAAUGUACUGAAAUUAAGCCAGAAGUCAACAUAUUGACUGCAGAGAAUAAAUUAUGGGAUGAUACAAAAAAUGGCUUUGCCCAGUGUUCAGCUGCAGAAAUCCAAAGAUUUGCACUGUCUGCUACAGGGUUGUUAUCUCAUGUUGAAGAGGGUCUGGAUUCUGAUGCAACUGAUAGCAGCUCUGAUGACGAUUUGGAUGAAUAUACCAUUAGGAAAAAUGUGGCAGUUAACUGUAGUACUGAAUGGAAGUGGCUUGUAGACAGAGCAAGAGUUGGCAGCCGAUGGACAUGGCUUCAAGCCCAGAUUUCAGAGCUAGAAUACAAAAUACAGCAACUAACAGAUAUUCACAAGCAGAUCCGUGCCUCCAAGGAGAUAGUGAUCCUAGAAGAAUGUCAACUUCCAAAAGACAUUUUGAAGAAACAAAUCCAAUUUGCAGGCCAAGAAGCUACAUUAAACACUACAGGGAGUCUGCUGGUUUCACACAACAAUCAAGAUUCUUUACCUGAACAAGAUUUUGAAAUGUCACCUAGCAGCCCUACACUACUUCUUCGAAACAUAGAAAAACAGAGUGCACAGCUGACCGAGAUCAUCAACAGUUUGAUUGCCCCACUCAACUUAUCUCCAACUUCAUCACCUCUCUCCUCUAAGUCUUGUGGUCAUAAAUGUAUGCCUAAUGGCAUUUCCAAGGGUGCUUCAGAGAAUUUAGAGGAGCUGUCUUCCUCCAGUAACUGGUUCCUUAACCAGAAGCACAGUAAGAAAAGAAAAAAAGACAGGACAAGAUUGAAAUCUCCAUCUCUGACUAUCAUGAGUACGGCAGCCCGAACAAGGCCACUUCAAAGUUUCCACAAAAGAAAACUCUACAGAUUGAACCCUACUUUUUAUUGGAGUCAACAGACUUUGCCUUCAAAAGAAACAGCGUUCUUAAAUACUACACAAAUGCCUUACUUGCACUCACCGUCAACCUGGAGUAACUGUGAACACAAUGCAAAGUCUCAGCUACUGAGAGAACACGUGUCAGAUUUGGAUUCUUCUUUCCACCCUGUUCUGUCAUUGCCAUCAGAUGUGCCUCUUCAUUUUCACCUUGAAACACUGUUAAAAAAGAGUGAAAUAAAAGGAGAUCUUGAUGAAAAUAAGUGUGUAGGCGAGUGUCUCAUAUCGCCUUCAGCUGUCCAUUGUACUUCUCUGAAUCAAUGGAGAAAUGGAUAUUCACCUACAUGUAAACCUCAAGUAAGGUCAGAAUCUCCUGCACAGCUGUUCCAGGGAAGAAAGAAAAGACAUUUGAGUGAAACAGCAGUAGCAGAGAGAGCCAGAUUUGAAGAAUUUGAGUUUCAACGCACAGAAUCAGGAUCCCAUGGCAGCUUUACUGCUGUGAGCAAUGUCAACAUUAUACCAAGAACCCAGAAUUCAUCUUCACAAAACACUACAAGACGGAGACUGAGAAGUGAGAGCUCUUAUGACAUAGAUAACAUUGUGAUUCCCAUGUCAUUAGUGGCCCCAGCUAAGUUGGAGAAACUCCAAUACAAAGAAAUACUUACCCCAAGCUGGAGAUUGGUUGUCCUUCAACCUCUGGAUGACAGCUUAGGUGAAGAGAUAGAAGAUCUUUCUGAUGAAGUCUUCUCCCUAAGGCAUAAAGCAUACGAAGAGAGAGAACAAGCGAGGUGGUCACUAUGGGAGCAAAGCAAGUGGCACAGGAGGAGCAGCAGAGCUUUCAGUAAAAAUGCUGAAGGACAGGACUUGCUCUGGAAAGAAUACUCUGAUUGCAGCGGUGGUCAGCGCUGUGUGGCACAAAGUCCCCCGGAGCCGCCUUCAGAAACUCAGGAUCCUUGCGCACAAGGCUCCCCUCCGUUAAAUGAAAAUCAAGAAAGCAAGUGCCUCUGGUGGGAACGAAGGGCAUUCCCACUGAAGGAAGAAGACACAGCAGCUUUAUCUUGUCACAAUGGAAAAAGUAAGGAGACUGAAAGGUUAAGCCCUACUCCCCAGGGUGGUGUCUUCUGUACCAGUGCACCAGAGAAGGGCCAGCAUCCACAAAAGCCAUCAGGAGACCAAACAGAAGACUACAGAAUCUUUGGCUUAGGACUUACUAAUGUGAAAAAAAACAGGUGA